CCUCCCUUCGGCCGGGCCCCGGGCCCGUCGGACGCACGCCGGACUCAACGGGGCGCUUUCCAAGAUGGCGCGCGUGCUGAAGGCGGUGGCCGUGAGCGCGUUAGGCCUAGGGCUUUUUUCCAGACUUCAAAUUCCAUUUCCAACAGUAAGAAUGUUUUCCACAUCACAGUCCUCGCAUCAAGUGGCAGGUCCUGUGUGGAACCUGGGUCGCCUCAAUCAUGUAGCAAUAGCAGUGCCAGACUUGGAAAAGGCCAAGGCAUUUUAUGAGAAUGUACUGGGGGCCCAGGUGGAUGAUAUAAAAGCAGCUGUGAUGGAUUUGAAGGAAAAGAAGAUCCGUAGUCUAAGUGAAGAGGCCAAAAUAGGAGCACAUGGAAAACCAGUGAUUUUUCUCCAUCCUAAAGACUGUGGUGGUGUCCUUGUGGAAUUGGAGCAAGCUUGAUAUAUAUUUGCAAGAAACUAAUUGGGCUGAAAAAGCCUCAUCAAAAUGUACUUUGGCAUUGAGUCCUUUACUGCUUCUAUCACUUUUCAAAGCUAAAAAGUAAAUUGCACAAAGAGAUUUUUUAAAUUAUUCAUGUAUAUGUUCGUUAAUUACUUUGGAUUUUUUUUCCUGAUUUGGAGAAAACCUUGAUUACUGAAUACUUGGGGAAUAUUAUUAAAAUCAUAUUCAUAGAAAUAAAUUAUUUCUGUUCUAAAAUGA